UCGAGUCAGAAAUUCUUAUUUCUUACACCAAAAAUAUUUUUCUUUAAACAUUCUAAGAUUUUGUUUGGAAAUAAUAUUCUCGAUUUGCGUUAACAUUUUGAAUAAAAUUUUAAUUUUUAAUAAUGUAGAUUUAUUCUUGACUAAUUUGACUUUAGAGCUAAGAAAAACUAUUAUUGACUUUCUUGACUUGGAUACCCCUCUCUCUCCCUCUCUCUCAAGAAUGAUUCUCCUUUCCCAACUUCUCACGAAACGUGCACAAUCAGGACUGAACUCAUGAAUUAGAUUCCGUUUCAGACGAAUGAAAUUCAUUCAUUCCAGGUAGAGUGGAUAGUGAAUAUCUGCCAGAGAUAGGAGUUCCAUUUGAUCUCUUUGUGUUAAAGAAACACAAUGCGUUUUGCGGGGAUGGUACCUUCCAUUUCACUGAUUCCUUUAGCAAUUUGCUGUUUGAGGUUGAAAGCGGAUCAAGUGAAUCUUCCUCUGAUCCCCAUUACCAGAAAUUGAUCAUUGAUGCUGCCGGUGAUACACUUGUUAAUGUUGUUCGAGUUAGUAAAGGGAAGUGGGAAGUGUUCAAGGGAAAUAGCAGUGAGGACAGUGAAUUGAUGUUCAAAGUGGAAAGGAUUACAAAUACAAUUACUGAGAAAGAGUUUGAGGUUUUUAUUGCUGAUGAAAACAAUGAAGAUAGAAAGACUGAUUUGAGGAUGAAGGGCUGCCCCUUCGAGAGAUCAUGCACCAUUUACAAAGGAAAUUCAAUAAUGGCUCAGAGCAGCCGUAUGUAUACAAUUGGGUUCCAGAAUCAAUUUGUUCCUAGAAACAGGUUCAGAAUCACUCUUUUCCCAGGCCCUUGUGAUCUUCUUGUGGUUCUAUCUCUUUUUGUAAUAUUCCUUUAUAAAAGAAAGUUUUGGGAAUAACAAAAAAAACACAGUCCCUUAUCACCUUUUUUUUGGCUCUCCCACUGCAAAUUUGAACAAAGAGCUUUAAUUUUUUUAUUCAAUACUUUGAUUACUUCAAAUGUAUUUAAUAGAAAAUUAGAAAUGUAAACAGUGGUAGCCGGGAAGGCAUCGGACUAUCAUAGUUCCUGUUGAUCAUAGUUAUUGUAAUUUUUUUUGAAUCAUCAUAGUUAUUGUAUUGAUACAUGAUACACAGAGGAUAUUCAAAACUCUUUCUAAGAACCGGGAGAUAAAUUAUGUACUGCUUCCUUCGUCCCAAAUUAAAUUGCUUGUUUACUA